GUCAGCUGAUUCCAGCACAAACAGGAAGAGGAAGUCAUAUUUCAACAAACUAGUCAUGUAAAAAUAGCUAACUCAUUUGUGCCCUUGUUUUAUUUAUCAAGAAAAGGCUCCCGACUCAAACGAUGUUCGGUGGAGACGAUGAAGAGGGGGACUUCCUGUCUCCCACAGGAGGGGCCAAGUUGGCCUCCCUGUUUGGACUAGACCAGCAAGGCAGUCAGGGGAACGAGUCCUUCCAGUACACGGCACCGAAGCAGCCCAGAAAGAGCUCCAAUGCAGCACCAGCCGCCCAGAAACCAGUUCCAGCACCUGCAGCUCCUGCAGUGCUGUUUGCCACAGCAGUCCAAGCCUUCAGAUAUAUUAACGGACAGUAUGUGAAGCAGGGGAAGCUGGGAGCAGCCGUACUGGGCAACCACACAACUAAAGAGUACAAGCUGCUUCUGUACUUGAGCCAACAGAAACAAGUGACCGCUGCCAAGAUUCCUGCGGGCUUUGUGUUCACGGUCCAGCCAAACAAUUACUGCACGUUCUAUGAUGAGCAGAGGCAGAACUGGUCCCUGAUGUUUGAGUCAGACAAGGCUCUCUGGGACUUCUGCAGAGAGGUGUGUCUGGCGAAAGUGAACAGCGAAGUGUCCUUAGAUGCUGUGGUGGUUCAGGAUCUGAGUCUGGGUGAGGGCCAGGCGGUGGAGAAUGGAGACUCGUUGGAGGUGGUGUACACAGGCUGGCUCCUGCAGAACCACGCCAUCGGCCAGAUGUUUGACUCCAACCAGAACAAGGACAAGUUUCUACGACUGAAGGUUGGAGCUGGAAAAGUGAUUAAAGGCUGGGAGGAAGGGAUGCUUGGGUUGAAGAAGGCCGGCCGGCGUCUCAUCGUCAUCCCACCCAGCCAGGCCUACGGGUCCAAGGGAGUCCCCAACCGCGUCCCCCCAAACAGCACUCUUGUUUUUGAAACGGAGCUUCGACGGGUGAAGUUUGCCAAGGGCAACGGCUCCGUUAGCGGCAGUGCCAGCUCCAGAGACUCUGCCGCUUCCUCCCCCGUUCCUUCCCCAGCCCCCAGUGUGGAGAACCUGGCCUCAGAGCCCCCAGUACAGACAAGCGCCUCUGGUCCCGGCAGACCAGGCGAGCCACCACUUCGUGCGAAGUCAAACUCGCUCAGUGAGCAGCUGGCAAACCCAGAUGCCACAAAGGCCAAGCUGAUCUCUCGCAUGGCAAAGAUGGGCCAGCCCAUGUUGCCCUUUCUGACCGGAGGGUCCAGCCAGCCGGAGUCCAGUGAUUCUGAGCUUGAGGACACCGGUGGCAGCAGAGCAAAGGACCGGCCUGCAGCUCUGUCUCCGGUGCAGAUGUCCUCUGCUGCUCCAGCCUCAGCACAUGUACAUCCUCAUCCUCACACUGCUCCGUCUGCUGCCUUACUUCCUGUUAUGACGACGGCUGCCCCACAGCCUGGGCUGUCGGGCAGCAGCCAUGCCUUUCAGCCUUACUCCUACACUCAGAGCUCUCAGCUGCAGCCUGUUGGCCAGGUCUACCCUGCACAAACCAUCCCAUACAUGGGCUCCAGUGAUGUGACGUCCUUCUUGAUGACUGAGGCCCGACAACACAACACAGAGAUCCGGUUAGCGGUCGGAAAAGCAGCAGAUAAAGUUGAUCAACUAGCCUCAAAGAUAGAUGACCUUCAGAGGCAGGGGAGUCUCUCCAUGGGUGUUCCUAGUAUGUCGAUGGAAACCUCCAUGAUCAUGCACAACAUCCAGAGAAUCAUCCAGGAAAAUGAAUGUUUAAAAAAGGAAGUCUUUGAGAAAAGCUCUCGCAUUGAGGAGCAGAACCAUAAGAUUGGGGAGCUCAUCAACCAGAACCAGAGGUACGUGGAGCAGAGUAACCUGCUGCUGGAACAGAGGAACGACUCCCUCAAGUCAUCCAGUGAACAGCACCAGGCCAGAUUACUGCAGGCUGAGCUGGACAAGCAUGCUCUGCCUCAGGACCUGGGCUCCGGCCAGGUCCGUCUGACGGAGGAUUUGGCUUCGUCCGCGGCCCAGCUGUCUCAGCUGCAGCUAGAAGCUACAGCUCACCAGCAGAAGGCCUCGGUGCUGCAGAGUGAACUGAGCUCAGCGCUGCAUGACAGUGAGAGGCACUGCCAACGCAUCGCUGCCCUGGAAACCCAGCUGGGAGAGCUGAAGGAGGCAGCAGAGAGGACUCAGGCUCAGUACCGCUCAGAGAAGCAAAGACGCAAAGAGAUGGAGCUGAGAGUUGGCAACAUGGAGGAGGAACUGCAGGACCUAAAGACUGAUAAAGAGAGCCUAGAACGAACAUUCUCAGAGAGGAAGAACAAGUGGCAGGCUGAGCGUCAGCGUCGGGAUGAGGAGGUGGAGGAGCUCCGUAAAAGCAGCCAGCAGGAGGUGGACAAUCUUCGAGCUCAACUCCGCAAUGCCAGGACCAGCACCGACAACGCUGCAUCUGAACAGUUGUCUCAGCUGCAGGCGGAGCGGGAGGACGAGUGGAAGGGGAAGUGUGAGCAGAUGUUGGCCUCUGCUAAAGAGCAGCACAGUCGAGAGCUGGCUGAGCUAACGGAGCACAGAGAUGCUCUGCAGGACAAGCUAACGCAGCUACAGGAGAAGUUCACGGUUCUGAAGCAGUCCAGAGAUUCAGAAGAACAGGCUUUGCUACAACACGGCAGGGAGACUGAGGAGCUGCAGGUCCUUCAGGAGAAAUGCACAGCCUUGGAGCAGCAAGGACUAGCUGUAAGGGAGGAACUGGAGAGAAGAGUGGCUGAACUGGAGAAGAAGCUGGCAGAGGAGGAGAGCUCAGGAGACACUUCAGCAGAGGUGAAGCGUGUGAUGAACGGUGUUUUUCACUCCCUGCGGGGGGAGUUUGACCUCGGGGAGUCUUACAGUGGCCAGGCUGUGCUGGGGGUGAUCGUCACGACUAUUAAGAAUGUAACCAUGCAGCUUCUGGGGGGCACAGACAGAGCUCCACUGAGACCGAGUAAGGACGAAGAGGAGGAAGAGGAAGAAGAGGAGGAAGGAAGUGAUGACGUGAAACAAAGACAGCAGACUGUACAGAAUGUACAUGUGAAUGGUGACCGAGAAGUCGGAGAGGAAAAAGAUUAUGAGGCUGAUUCAGACUCUCACAAAGUCGGUGAGACCCAGAUGGAUCAGGAAGUAGCAGCAGACGAGGAGACAGAGAUGGAGUCAAAGACACAAAGUCAGACUGAAGCAGUAGAGGCCACUGAACCGAAACCCACACAGACAGCAGAUUGUGAAGUGCAGCAGGAGACGGCAGGACACUCUGUUCCUGAGAUCUCUCCAGAGGAAAAGCACAGCGAUCAGUCUGUAGAUCUCGAUGAGGAACCUGAUGAGAGUCCACCGCCUGAGGACGGACAGGAAGCUGUGUCAGGAAGGAAUGGAGAAGAAAUGCAUGGGGCUUCUCAGGAAGCCUUUGGACCCCCAGCCAACCCACCUCCACCACCAAGCAGCUCAAGAGAGGACACAAGGUGAGUCCUGGCAUCACCGCUUGCGAUGUCAUCAUACCUGGCCAGCAACGGUGUCUGUCAGUGACGUCUCAUAAAGGCAACAGGAGCCGUCUCCGUGCUGCAGUGUGCUCCAUCUCCUACGGUCUACGGCCGUAUUCAUGGCCCUACUUCCACAUAGGAGGUUUGAUGUUGUUCAUGGGGGAGGGGUCUAUAGUCUUCUUCUUUAAGAGUGGCUGAAUAACAGCUGACCUGACCCGCUAGAUGGUUUGUUUCACAGAACCAUCUGAGAAGAUGUCAUUUGAAACUGUUUGCUUUUAAAGAAUAGUUGGCAGGUGAUUUGAUAAAACAUCUGUCAAUCAAACUCUUACCAAAGCGAGUCAGGAGAAGAGCGAUCACAUGUUGUCCAUGGAGAAAAGCCUUCAGUGUCGUCUUGCUCUUCUUUC